UCCCCUGUUAAUCGCGUGUAGACUCACUAAACGUUAUCACUGCCGGUUUCCUGGAAGAGUGGAUGGGUUUUGGUUCUUGCCAGGUCACAGGAUGGCACAUAAGGUCAUGGUUGGUGGGGGAGGUUGACAGCAGCACUAAUGGUGUUUGGGGAGAGGUUGUGUGGACUGCUGUAUUGGGGGUUGGCUGUACUGUGCACCUAGGAAUAUAGAUAAUAAGGGGCAGUACCGGUGAAGCGAUGAAGGAGCACAGGGGCACAGGCACUCGGGAGAUCGUAAAGCUGGGAAAUCUGUUACUGAUCCAUUGCGCAGUGCUGUGGAUUUCCAGUUUAGGUGUGUUGUCUAUGGAUGCGGAAGAAAAGAAAAUUAUUAGGGACCAGAUCAUUGAAAUGUUUGACCACGCUUAUGGAAGCUACAUGAAAUUUGCCUAUCCUGCUGAUGAAUUGAUGCCACUAAGUUGCCGUGGUAGAGUGAGAGGCCUGGAGCCCAGUCGUGGAGACAUUGAUGAUGCCAUGGGGAAGUUUUCUCUAACCCUCAUUGACACCUUGGAUACGCUUGUGGUUUUGAAUAAGCUCGAUGCUUUUGAAGAAGCUGUGAAAAAAGUGGUUGAAGAAGUUCGGGUGGACAACGAUGUGGUGGUGUCUGUGUUUGAAACCAACAUUCGUGUACUGGGCGGACUGCUGGGGGGUCAUGUGAUGGCAGUCAUGCUGCAGAAUAAAAUACAGCGAAUGCAAUGGUAUAAAGAUGAGCUGCUGCAUCUAGCCAAGGAUCUUGGGUAUCGGCUACUUCCUGCCUUUAACACCACUAGUGGACUUCCUUAUCCCCGGGUGAACUUGAGAUACGGCGUCCACAACCCAUAUUCUCGAACAGGAACAGAAUCAGACACUUGUACAGCUUGUGCUGGGACUAUGAUAUUGGAAUUUGCUGCUCUCAGUCGACUGACAGGCGAUUCAGUCUUUGAGGAUCACGCUCGUCGGGCACUGGAUGUUCUGUGGGAUAAACGGCAGAAAGGGAGUGACCUGGUAGGGACAGUAAUAAACAUCCACAGUGGUGACUGGAUUAGAAGGGACAGCGGUGUUGGAGCUGGAAUAGAUUCAUAUUAUGAGUACCUGCUGAAAGCAUAUGUCCUUCUGGGAGACAGCAUUUACCUGCAAAGGUUCAAUACUCAUUAUGCUGCUAUCAUGAAAUAUGUCAGCCAGCCUCCGUUGCUAAUGAGUGUUCACAUGCACAAGCCGACUGUUAAUGUUCGAGGGUGGAUGGAUUCACUGUUAGCUUUCUUCCCUGGACUGCAGGUGUUGAGGGGGGACUUGAAGCCUGCUAUAGAAACACAUGAGAUGCUCUAUCAAGUCACCAAACAGCAUAAUUUCCUGCCUGAGGCAUUCACAACAGAUUUUGCAGUGCAUUGGGCACAACAUCCACUGAGGCCUGAAUUUGCAGAGAGUACUUAUUUUCUUUAUAAGGCAACCAGGGACCCCUACUACUUGAAAGUUGGGAAGUCUAUUGUGGAUAGUUUAAAUAAUCAUGCCAGAGUCUCUUGUGGAUUCGCUGCUGUACAGGAUGUUCGUACUGGAAGACACGAGGAUAGGAUGGAUUCCUUCUUUUUAGCUGAAAUGUUUAAAUAUCUCUACUUGUUAUUUUCUGAGAAGCGGGAUGUUCCCCUUGACAUUGAUGAUUAUGUCUUCACUACCGAAGCACAUUUGCUACCUCUUUCACUGUCGACAGUGGGUACUUCUUGCAUGGAGAAUGCAACAGCAAUGUAUUCUUCUGGUAAUGAACAUGAGAUUUUUGCACAUUUGUGUCCUAGUGAGCAAGCACUUUUUCCAAACAACCCAGCAUAUGCACAGACUAUAAGAGGCAGAUACAAAAACCUGCUAAAAAGUGAAACUGUCCCCUCCUCACCAUUCAGUGGCAUUACAUUACCUCUCCACGAUAAUGGCUUACAGUCACUGGAAAUCUUGAAGAGCAUGGGAAUUACACUGAUACCUAUGAAGGAUGGAGUCUUUCAUUUUGCUAGUUCCAACAAGGCAGAGAGUUCUAUGAAAGGUGUUUAUACUCUGAAACUGAUAGCUGAACUGACGCAGACUCCUUCAGGAGAAGAACAAGGAAUUACACCUCUCUCUGUACAGAUUGUAUCACCACCUUUUUUAGGUAGAGUCGUACUAACCGCUGGUCCUGCACAGUUUGGGUUAGAUCUUACUAAUGAAGAACAUGGUGUGAAAGGAAGCCUGGCUAAAAGCAUCCCUCUGUCUGCUUGUUCGAAAAUUUCCAAUCCUGAGGAAUUACAAGGGAAGAUUGCUAUAGCCCAACGUGGAGAUUGUAUGUUUGCUGCUAAAGCAAGGAAUCUGCAGACAGCUGGAGUGUUGGGCAUUAUAAUUAUUGACAAUACCGAAGACAGCUGCAGUGAGGACACGCCUAUUUUCCAGAUGGUGGGUGAUGAUGGUGGCACAAAUGACAUCACUGUCCCACUUGUCUUCCUGUUUAGCAAGGAGGGAAAGAUUCUUUUGGAAGCAAUAGAGGAACAUCAGAAUGUUGAUGUGCUUUUGGCAGUGAAAUCCAAACAAUAUGGGCAAGUAGAAGAGAGAGAAGACAAGCUGUUUCAGGAACUGAGCUUCCACAUUCAAUUGACUGAUGAAGCAGAUGUAAAAGAGAACAGAGCUGACUCCUUUGGUAGAAUGGCAGCUGUUUCAUUUGAAACUCAUGUGACCAGCAGUCCAGCAAACAGUGGUGUACCAGAAAAAUCAGGCCUGUCUUCUGAUGUGGAUCAGGAACCUGAACAAGUUUAAUGUUUCCUGCUCAGGUACUCGAAUUUCUCUUUAGCUACUCUAUUGAGCUAUGGUUGGUGGUGUGGUAGUUAACAUCCAUCAUACUGAGCCACUACCCUCAUAAACUCUGUAGGCAAGACCUGCUGACAUCUUAUUACAGUCCCAAAAGUUUUCUGCCACUUCAGUAUGGGUAACAUUUCAGCCUGCCAUAACUGCCUGCUCACCAUCGUACAGGGACUGUGACUGUCAGCUGUGGUCAUUGUUCACUGUAAAGGAGUGGCCAUACUACUUGUUCUGUUCUGCUGUGAUGGGUCAGAGAAGAAAUGAGGAAUUUACAGGUACAUUACAGUGCUGAUCAUUAUUUAAACGUACUUGUUCUGCCUCCUAGCCAAAUGGCCAGAGAAAGGAAAAUUCUCAGUAAUAAUGCCACAAGGGGACAGUGCUGAAAGCUACGUUGGCAAAAUGCAAAACAUUUAUGCAGUUCCAGUGUAAAAGAUGUGCCCAGUGUGACCUUCUUAAGUAACUGAUUCUGUAAAUGUAUUAAACCAGGAAUAUUAAUGCUGGCAUUAUCCUAUUGUAUUAUGGUCCCUGAUGUGAUUAUGGGGGAAGAGCAGAGGCAGAGUAGAACAGCUAGCAUUUAAGUGGCCUCUUUUUCUGAUUAAAGAAUCAAUAUUAUGUAAUCAAGGCUACUCUCACUCUGCUGUUAUAACCAUUGGUUUUGGUCUUCUGAACUGUAAAAUUCAUCGUAUGUAAUGGAUUCUGUCAAAAUGACUGUUGAAAGGCACAGAUAUCUUUUUUGUGGGGGUAUGUGAUGUGCAAAGGCACAGUUCUAGAGAUAAAAAAAAAUGUCUGCUCUUUCUCCUGCUGCAUCAGAGGUGUAACAUAUUGAAGCAUGUAAAUAUAUUUGCAGCACUUUUUGUGUGAUUGUGAGGUGUACUGUAGCAGGCAUUACAGUAUAUUUUGUAGCGUGGGUGAAAAAAGUGUUAAGAGGACUCUAUUUAUUGUACAGUAAUUCUAUAUGAUUUAUCUGACUGGGGUCUAUAUAUUCAAUUGCCACACUACAUGAGCCCUCUUUUUUGCACCAGCACUUUUUGAAAACAAACUGUCUAGUGUUUCAAAGAAAAUUAGAUUAUGUUUUGAUUCAGACAGUGGCAUAGUAUAAAAUUAUAACAAGGGCUUGUCUUAUUCAUAAACCAUUGCCAUUCAUGGUUAAUAGAUGCUCAGGUGAUAUGUAAUUCAGUGUUUUGUUUUGAAAUGUAACUGUUGAAUUAUUUGCCAGUACAUGAAUGGUUUUCAUUAGUAAUUUAAGUCUUUGGAAAAAAAGGUAUGCAGAAACCUAAGUGAAAAAAAAGUAAAGUUGAGAAGUCAAAAAGACUGCCUUGUUACUUUAUCCUCAACAUACGACCAAUCCACCUAGACCUUGGUGUCCCCUAUUUCUUGGCAUAAUCUUAUGACAUGGGAACUUUUCCAAGCUAGGCAAUAGCUAGGCAAUAAAAUAGGGUGCGGCAGAAUCAAAUGCUUAAAAUGAUCUUUCUGAUUUUUUGAUGCAAGUGCUACUCUUUUUACAGAUACUGACCAUCUGAUUCUCUUAAGACGUAUCCUGCUCCAUUUUGUUUACUAUCCUAUUACAGGAAAAGCUUGAAAGCAUAUUAAAUUCAAGUGGCCUGGUCACACAAGUUUGCAGAUGUUAUCUGAUGGGAUUCAAACCUAGUUUGCUAGCGGCUUUGCAGAAUCAUUUUGUUGCACUGCUUCUUCUUUUGAUGUUGCCAUGGAUGCAUGCAUAUGAACAUUGUAGCUUUGUGGGUCAUGAAAGAGGAACAAAAAUCAUCCCCCAGUGUGGGUUUGUAUGUGGAAAGUGGCUGAUAAUGUAGUCAGGCUUCCUGAUGACCAGCAAAGUAGUAUUUUGUGCCAGGUGUGUCUUGGACUGCAGGCCAAUGUUUUUUUUUUUUUUUUUUUUUUUUUUUUGUGAAUUUAACUUCACAUUAUGGUUUAGGUGCACUUUUAAGACCCAGAUCCUCAUUCACUGGAGAAGCUGUAUUCCUGCUGUGUGAUAAACUUGUUGGGUUAACUCUAAUCAGAGUGACACAGAACCAUUUAGAUACUUAGUACAGAAACUACCAACAUUCCAGCUGUUACCAGCGUUAUAUCAAUUUAUAACUGAUUAAAAUGGCCCAACUGAAAUGAUUGUUCCAGAAAACAAUGUACUUGGGGAAAAUUUGCACAAUUAUAAAAUUGAGGAAAAACACAA